UUUCAGUAAAGACGUAUAUUAUUUGUGCGUCGUUAAAUCGGGAUUAAGAGGGCAGAAUGCUCGUAAUUGACAGACGACGCAGCGUGCAGCGAAGGAGGGGCGAUUUCAGCGACGAUUUCCGGCGAUUUGAGGCGUUUUCCGACAGAUUUCAACCAAAUACCAAACAUAUUUCGAUGGCAUCUGCAAGUUCUGAACAACAGUUAUGUUAUGGACCUGAGGAUCCAUCCGUACUGUUUCAUCAAAACGAACAUAUUUCAGCCUCAUUGUUGGCGAAUGGCACAACAAAUGUGUUGAGAGUUCGUAGGACGGAGAGUAAGGUUUGGGCACUGCCAAUACAUGAAGAUGUGAUGCAUUGGCUUGAUGUUUGGGGGUUCAGAGGUGUGAUUGAAUGUGGAAGGCCAAGAAGGAUGGACAAUGACCUAAUAACUGCAUUGAUCGAGCGAUGGAGGCCUGAGACCCACUGUUUCCACCUUCCAGUUGGUGAGGUAAUCGUAACCUUACAGGAUGUGCAAAACCUGUGGGGUUUGAGAGCAGCCGGUCGUGUUUUCACUGGCUGUGACUACCCUAUUGGAUAUGAAGAUUGGCCCAGCAAGUGUAGAGAUGUGUUGGGAUGGAUACCUGACGCAGAAACUGAAACGAAGCACGGUGGGUUGUUGAUGACGUCUCUGAUCAACCAAGCGACUAUGCCGUUGGGUGAUGGGCUGCAUGAGUAUGCAUACGUCCAAAGAGCACGUAUACAUGCUCUAAUCUUGUUAGGGGGGCUUAUUUUACCGGACACUACCGGGUGCAAGGUCCCCUUUAUGUGGAUAAAUGCCUUUGACGAUCCGGAAGACGUGGCUAAUAUCAGUUGGGGUAGUGCUGCUUUAGCAUACCUGUAUCAUUAUUUGUGCGAAGCUUCUGCAGGCAGACAGAGAAGAGAUGUGGGUGGCCCUAUGGUUCUCUUGCAGCUGUGGGCGUGGGAAAGAAUGCCUACAUUGAGGCCAGCCUUCUUGAUAUCGCCUACGCACACGCCGUAUACCCCGUGUGGAGCCAAGUGGCACGGAGUUACUGAAAUUGGAAAUGCGCCCCAACAUUCAGUAGCUCAUUAUCGUGAUCAGUUAUCAUUGAUUCGUCCGGGCCAGUUUCUGUGGACACCAUAUACAGAUUGUAUCCUGCCCGAUUACUGCAUUGAUUCGACCACAUCCUACUUGUGCGACACAUAUUUGGUGUGCUGGUCAUUUGUCGAGGCACACGAGGCUGGACGCGUUUGCCGACAAAUCAACCGCUACCAGCGUAUUCCUCAGUAUUGUGAUAGGAUGCUACAUAAUGCCGGACAUCUGUCUAAAAGUCACCGCCGUGGGAGGAAGGGCGCCGAUUGGGCUAAGGUACAUAAAUUCUACAUUGAAGAAUGGGAUUUGAGACACCACAGGUUCCAAGCAAAUUUUGAUCAUGCCACGAUGACCAUGGAUGGUAGCAUUCAUCCGGGCUAUAUGGCGUGGUUCAAUAGGAUCACAGUGUCGUACCUAGUUCAACCUGCGACACAGUCAACGGUUGGGAUGAACGAGUCAGCAUCUUCUAUGAUGAAAUUGGUCGAGACCAUUCAGGGGAUAUGGCAUUUGACCUCUGAACACGACACAGACCCUCGAUUACGGCAGAUUCGUGCAAUGGCUGCUGAGGCGCUUCGUACGACGGACCAUACUGAUGUGAUGGAGUAUCCAACAUCGCAACGGCGAAAUGUGGUCAUGCCGCCACGCCCACCAACUUCUCUUCGUCAUGGACUGCCGGGUGUCCGGACGGGAGGACACGGGAUUACACGACAGCAUAGGUUGUCGCAGCAGCAACCGCCGCAACCUGAUUAUGCGGUACCAGAGCCCUUGAGUCCGGAGCACGAUCCCCCAGGAUGGUCUCAGUUGAGUGGUGCAAGCCACGAGCCCUCGCAAUGGGGAGCACGGGCAUCAUGUAAUUCGUUCUUUGGCGGUGGGUCUGAUUGGGGUGCAACUCAACCAGGGCGUGAUUCAUACUUUCAAAAUUAUCAAUUUGUUGAUCCUGUGGGGGAAGAAGAGGGCGGGGAAGAAGAAGAAGAAGAGGGCGGGGAAGAAGAAGAAGUCGGCGGGGAAGAAGAAGACGAAGUAAUAUUCCGACGAACGUCCGAGGGAUCCUCACGACCAGCUAUGAAGAGUUCAUCAAGUGCGAUUGGGAGGGCUAUGCACAAUGUAUUAAGGGGAUUGUCAACAAGGAAGAACAAAGGGAAAGCUCCGACCAAGUUCACGCCUUCAUCUAGAUAG